GUCCAAGAAAUUGUGACAUCGGCUGUGGCUCUUCCGAAACUGUCAAAAUAAAGGCAAAGCGAUUACGAUAUCCCAAAUCGCAGAAGAAGAAUGCAAGCAGUGCGGGCUUGAGUGAAGAUAGUUUUAUCGGCGGCGCAGAGUUUACGUCGGAUAUCGCGGGCGGAUGCCAAGACGACGACCGUCUUAGAGAACAAGUGGCAGCGAACGCGAAAUAGUGAAAAUAGCGAAAUCGAAGGGCAUCUUUCGUCAUCGAGUUAAUAUUAGAAAUUCGGGAUUAAGUCACCAUGUCGAUGCCGAUGAAUAACCUGAACCAAGGCGGGUACAAUCCGUACGCGCAACCCUUUGGCGGAGGAUACCCGAAUGCCCCUCCAAUUGACCAACAACCCAGAGGAUAUCAGCCACCGCAACCCGGAGCUCACCAACCCCCGCAACCCGGCUUUGCACCACCAGGCGGGUAUCAACCUGUUCCACAGUAUCCUCCUCCAGGAUCAGGGGGUCAGCCGGGUCCAUUUCCUCCCCAUGCAGGUGGAGGAUCAUAUCCUCCCGGACCAGGAAUGCAACAACCUGGACCAGGAAUGCAACAACCUGGACAAUAUCCGCCACCUGGACCAUAUGCACCUCCAGGAUUUCAAGGGUCUCCUGGCCAACAGCCACCAAUUGUUACUCAGCCUGGAGCUGGUCAAGAUGGCUGGAUGAAUAUGCCAACUGGAGUUCCGAACUGUCCACCCGGAUUGGAAUACCUUACGACUAUCGACCAACUUUUGGUUAAACAAAAGGUCGAAUUACUUGAAGCCUUAACUGGCUUUGAGACAAACAAUAAAUUUACAAUCAAGAAUAGUUUAGGACAAAAAGUGUAUUGGGGCAUCGAAGAAAAUGACUGUUGUACCCGAAAUAUGUGCGGACCGGCUCGUCCAUUUGAUAUGAAAAUUUUGGAUAUUUAUAAGAAUCAAGUUAUGCAUAUGCAUCGACCAUUAGCGUGCUCUUCAUGCUUCUUCCCAUGCUGCCUCCAAUCAAUGGAAGUUUCAGCACCACCUGGCAAUGUAGUCGGAACAAUCGAACAAGAAUGGUCUAUUUGUACUCCACAAUUCACCAUAAGAAAUCAUCUUGGCGAUCCUGUAAUAAGAAUUGAAGGUCCGUUUUGUACGUUUACAAUGUGUGGCGAUGUGGAAUUUAAGGUGAUGUCGUUAACUGGUGAACAAAUUGGAAAAAUCUCGAAGCAAUGGUCAGGUCUUGUUCGUGAAAUGUUCACAGAUGCAGAUUUCUUCGGCAUAUCAUUUCCAAUGGACUUGGAUGUUCGAAUGAAGGCAGUACUGUUGGGAGCUUGCUUCUUAAUUGAUGCGAUGUUCUUCGAGAAACAAGCGAAUCGAGAAACGGACCGUCCAGGCAUGUUUUAAAUUUAGGAACAUUAACGCACAAACGCAAUGUCUUCUCGCGAUUCUUUA